GGCGGAAUUCACGCCGCUGUUUAUAAACGAUAAUUCCGGACACAUUUUUGCCAUUUCAUUCGAUAAAUAAUCAGAAAAAGAAAAAGAAAAUGAUAUGGCGAUCUGGUCGUUGGCUUGCGAAAUUUGUCAAACAAUCCAACGGCGCUUAUGAUGACACGGUGUCAAGUGACAGCGUUGAAAUCCAGUCAAAAGUUGGGAGAGCUAAAUCACCUGCUUCACUCCACCGAUGAUCGAGCCGGGAUUUUUUAAAAAUAUUUAUUUUCUUAUUUGGAAUUAAGUUUCCGCGUUUUUCAAUUUUCUUCCCCUAUAAUUUCGUACGCUCAAAAGAUUGCCACUCUUAGUCUUAUCGAAUUCGCCGUUCUUCAGAUCUCCACAAAUUGUCACAUUCCACUGAUUCGUCUCCUUGGAUCGAGUUUCUGAAUUUGAAUUCACGCUGCGAAAUGAGCUGCUUUGGGUGCUGCGAGGAAGAUGAUAUGCAUAAAGCUGCUGAUUAUGGAGGCCAGAAUACAGCCAAACACCUUGGAGGUAACGAUGGGAGGCACCACGCCACUGAGACAGCACAGAAGGGAGCUCAAAUUGUGAAGGUGCAGCCUAUUGAAGUACCAAUCAUCCCUGUUGCUGAGCUCAAGGAAGCAACGGAUGAUUUCGGAUCAAACUCUCUCAUCGGAGAAGGCUCUUACGGAAGAGUGUACUACGGGUUGCUGAACAACCAGCAGCCUACAGCGAUCAAAAAGCUGGAUUCUAACAAACAGCCUGACGAUGAAUUCCUUGCCCAGGUUUCUAUGGUGUCGAGGCUGAAGCAUGAUAACUUUGUUCAGCUGCUUGGUUACUGUGUUGACGGGAAUUCACGGAUACUUGCCUAUGAGUUUGCUAAAAACGGAUCUCUCCAUGAUAUUCUUCAUGGGAGAAAAGGUGUGAAGGGAGCACAGCCAGGCCCUGUGUUGUCGUGGUAUCAGCGAGUGAAAAUCGCAGUUGGUGCUGCAAGAGGGCUUGAGUAUUUGCAUGAAAAGGCAACUCCUCACAUCAUUCACCGUGACAUCAAAUCCAGCAACGUCCUACUCUUUGAUGACGAUGUUGCCAAAAUUGCUGACUUUGACCUCUCUAACCAAGCUCCUGACAUGGCUGCUCGACUUCAUUCAACCCGUGUUCUUGGAACUUUCGGUUACCAUGCCCCUGAAUAUGCCAUGACCGGGCAAUUGAAUGCCAAGAGUGAUGUGUACAGCUUCGGUGUUGUGUUACUCGAACUUCUUACAGGUCGGAAACCUGUUGAUCAUAGAUUACCCAGAGGCCAACAAAGUUUAGUCACAUGGGCUACACCUAAACUGAGCGAAGACAAGGUUAAACAAUGCGUUGAUGCAAGACUCGGUGGCGAUUACCCUCCUAAAGCUGUUGCUAAGUUAGCGGCGGUUGCGGCGUUGUGUGUGCAAUACGAAGCAGAUUUUAGGCCGAAUAUGAGUAUUGUUGUCAAAGCUCUUCAACCUUUGUUGAACGCUCGAGGCGUAACUCCAGCCGAAGGAUUUCAUUAGCCACACCACUUUCUCCGCCGUUUAUCCUACUUACCGGAAAAAUUUUACUUCCAAUAUAUACAGUGUUCAUACUCUUAAUGUGCAUAGAAAUCUCCUUAAUGAGCUAUUUUUUAUUUUAUUAUACAAAAAUUAAAUCCGUUCCCUUAUUUGGAUUCUUGUUUUGCCGCCCAUCAAAUUUCUGACUCUUCCUCAUAUUGAAGUUGUGGUAAAAGCGAAAACAGUAUUAGUAUUUUAGAUAAUUUUAUGUUGAAAUGCUUGUUUCUUAAAUAUAGUAAUAUUUAAAGAUAGUUUUCUUAUAAUCUCAUCUAAUUUCCUAAUUAGAAAAGAUACAACGAGUGUCUCUGUAUGUGGGAAAUACAAAUAGGAGGAAGAAUUAGUGUCUAUUUGGAGUCUCCAGGAUCAUGGCAUGUCCACAGAUUAAAAACGCCACAAAUCACUCGUUAUCAUCCAUUUACCUUUGAAUAUAGUCAAACCCAAAAACAAAACACAUCCAAAUUUAGCAAAACCAUGUAAGCAUGUAUAUAUAUAUAUAUAUAUAUAUACGUACCCUCUCUUCUUCCCAUUUUUCUAUCUAUAUUCCUUUCCAAUCCACGUCCAGUAAAUAUAAAAAAGCCAAAAAAAAAAAAAAUGAACACUCCAAUAAAACUCGCCUUUCUCGUUCUCUGCGUCGCGCUAACCGCAACCGCAUACGUUGUCCCAACCAAACGUGACGCCGUUACACCGGAACACGAGAAAGCCGUCCAAGGAAUCUGCAACGUUGUCCAAGACAAACGUCUCUGUAGCAUAACCUUAAGAAGCGUCCCAAGCAAUGAUCCCGCCGUCUUGGUCCGUUACUUAGCGACGGCAGCAGAAACUUCCGUUAAGAAAGGUUUGAAGUUCCUCGCCGGAAUCAAAUCCAAAUACCAAGGAAACGCCUUCGCCACAAAUGUCAUCACCGGUUGCGAGACACAGCUAAACAACGCCAUGGAAGACUUUGCAGAUUUCUGGAAAGCCGCAGGGAAAAACCUAACGAGCAUGGCUGAGAAUUACUUCACGUGUAAGAAGAAGAUGACAUCCAUCUUCACUUACCACUCGACUUGUCUCGACGACAUUUACGACAAAACGUUGUUGAAGGAGGUUCAAGGAGGGAUUGGGCUUGGGAAAAGAAUGAGUGGUGAGUCAGUGGAUGUGUUCGCUGGAAUGGGCAAAGUCUUUAACACUUUCAACAUUAAGACCAAACUUAACCAGCAAGAUACCGAUACCUUGCUCCCACCACCUUUGUCGUUUUACUACAAUUAAUUUUAUUUAUUAAUAUAUAUUAUAUUAUAUAUAUAUAUAUAAAGAAAAAAAAAAUAUGUACGUACGGCGUCAUUGAGGGUGAUGAAUAAUUUGCAUCGACUGGGUUUUUCAGAUAUUUUAGGAAUCUUGUAAAGAAAGGUUCCUCUUGAUGUAUGUUUGUAAUUAAUAUGUUAUGGAUUAUAAUCAUGUAUGGACCUCGUGGUUGGAAAGGAUAUGGAGAAAAAUGUGAUUAUCCAAUAAUAAUAAACUUAAUUUAAUAACGUUUUCGUAUCAUUUAUUUUACGUAUAUAUACAUUUAAAUUCAUUUUCUUCUUCUUUGAA